CCAAACGUGCCUCUCCAUCGUCACUUGAGAGGAUCGCGCAACAUGUCCACCAAGCACUUCUACAAUUCGGCCGAAGGGCUUGUCGACAAGGCCGAGCGAGGCGCUAUCGCUCUCAAUCCGGCUCUGCGAUUCUAUGCGCCUCACAAGGUCAUCUACGACUGCACCCACUCGCCCGACAAGGUGGCCAUCAUUGCCGGCGGUGGUGCCGGUCACGAGCCUGGCCACGCAGGCCUCAUCGGCCGAGGCAUGCUCACCGCUGCCGUGUCUGGAGAGAUCUUCGCCUCGCCCUCUGCAUCGCAGAUCUGCAGUGGUCUUGAUCUUGCAAACACCGACGCCGGUGUCAUCUUCGUUGUCAACAGAUACACGGGCGACUGCCUCAACUUUGGUCUCGCUGCCGAAAAGGCCCGUGCUGCGCUCGCAUUCAGCGGCAACAAGAAGUCGGGUGGCGUUGAGAUGGUCAUUGUUGGCGAUGAUGUCGCCGUCGGCCGUGAGCGCGGUGGCCUCGUCGGCCGUCGUGGGCUGGCCUGCAACCCUUUCACCUGCAAGAUCCUCGGUGCUGGCUCCGAAAAGGGUCUCAAUGUCCAGCAGCUCAAGGCUCUCGGCGACAGCACCGUCGCGAACACGGUCUCGGUCGGCACUUCGCUCGACCACUGUCACGUCCCCGGUCGCUCAAAGAAGGGAGAAGAGUGGGGCGCGCUUCCUGCCGAAGCCUGCGAGAUUGGCAUGGGUAUUCACAACGAACCCGGCUUCAAGCGUCUCGAUCAGACGCCGCCUCCCGAGAAGAUUGUCUCCGAGAUGCUGAAUCUGCUCCUCAACCCCAACGACACCGACCGUCACUACCUCGACUUCGACAAAGAUGACGCCCCCAUCGUCUUCCUCAACAACCUCGGCGGUGUGAGCCAGCUGGAGCUCAAUGCUCUCCUCGACGAGACAAUCGAGCAGCUUGGCAAGACAUACGGCCUUUACCCUUCGCGAUGCUUUGCGAACCAGUACAUGACGUCGCUCAACGCGCCUGGCUUUGGCAUCUCGCUCAUCAACCACAAGAAUGUCAAGAAGCAGACGGGGCAGGACCUCCUCGAGCUUCUCGACGCGGACACCGAUGCCUACUCGUGGAGCGGUGUCCGAAGCGGAUGGGGUAACCCAACCGGCAAGCCUCGCGACCGAGAGGCCGAGGAGAAGGAGGCUGCCGAGCUCCUGGCCAAGCGCCGCGCCGAGGGGGGCAGCGUCUCUGGUCUCUCUGACGAUGCCUCCAAGUCGUCUGGUGGUCCGUCCAACGGUGAUCCAGAGCUGGUCAAGAAGGCUAUCACUCAGGGCGCCAAGUCGGCCAUCGCCGCCGAGCCUGACCUCACCCGCUUCGACACCAUUGUCGGCGACGGUGACUGUGGUGAGACGCUCGCCCACGCGUCCAAUGCCGUCCUUGAUGCUCUCAGCAAGGGCAAGAUUGACCUCAAGUCGGCGGCGGGCACCUGCCUGACUGUGGGCACCGUCCUCGAGAGCGCAAUGGGCGGCACCAGCGGUGCUAUUUAUGCUCUCUUUUUUGCCGGUCUCGUUCAAGGCCUCAUCAACGGACCUGGCAAGCCCGGUCAGCCGGCGACGCUCAAGGAGUGGGGUGCCGCGUCCAAGGCCGCCCUCGACAACCUGGGCACCUACACGCCCGCCAGACCCGGUGACCGCACCCUUGUUGACGCUCUGACGCCCUUCUGCGAGAACCUGGGCUCGGGCAAGAGCCUCAAGGAGGCCGUCGACAGUGCAAAGGCCGGCGCCGAGGACACCAAGACCAUGCGGGCCAGACUCGGAAGGGCCACCUACGUCGCCAGCAAGGACGACGAAAAGGACAUGCCUCCCGACCCGGGCGCCUGGGGUGUCUGGGCCAUCGUUGAUGGCCUGCGCCAGGCUCUCGAGUAGUGGUCUUUCCCGUGACUCUUAUAGCUACUGUAGAUGUCGAUUGUCAAGGGAAUUGUGAAGCAAUGGAGGAGCUGUCCUUGUUCAAAUUGCUCGUCGAGCAGGUCACCAGACCAUGAGAGAGACACUCAAUUGAGCUGAGCGUACCAGAAUCCACCGCCAUGACGCCAGGCCAAGACAGCGCGUCUUUCGAGAACUUCCCUCCUCUUGCAUCAGGCCAAUCGGCUUUGCCGACAUGUUCUUCUUCUUCUUGGCACGGCGCCAUUUGCACAGUCCUUACCACGUUCCACCUAACCGUCCCAUCCUUCUAUUCUCGAGAAUACUCGC